CGGACGUGUCCGAGUGGAAUUGUGACUACCAUGUCAGCGGCUUGCCUUCCUUCAGCCGAGAUCUGGCGAUUUUGCUGUCCGGUGCUGCACCUGGGUCACCGUCCAACGCCGCAUCUGCGUCAUCGCACGUCAUCUGUGCGUUUGACAGCCGCCAGGGAGAGCCCAUGAGCAAGCCGACGUGACGGCAGCAGCGGAAGCGACAAUGGCGAGUGAGCAGAUCCAUCCCCCUGGCGCCUCACCAUCAGCAGCCGAGGAGGGCUCUCGGGCUCCAGCUAUGCAGGCGGGCGAGGCGGCCGCACCAUCAACAGAGGCGCAUCAGGGCGGCCAUUCAUCUGUUCCUGCUCAACUGGCUCAUUCGGGCCCUCAGUGUCGUGCAUCAGCCAGUGGUGCAGCGGUGAUCCAAACCGAUCUCGGAGCAGGUGACAUGGCAGCAGCACUGGCGGCCUUGUCGACUACUGGUCCAUCUGCAUUGGCCGCCGUCGUCAGCCCCAACCCCAUCCCUGCACACCCACAGCCACAGUGGCAGCAGGGUGAUCAGACCCCUCCUGCCGGCCAUGAUCAGACCCCUCCUGCCGGCCAUGACCUGCUGCUCAACCGCGGUGGCAAGCGGCAGAGGACCGGUCGGGGCCGCGGCCGGCGGUCGGCGGGAGAGGUAGAGGGUCAGGAAGAGUACACGCCCGAGAACGACUUGGCUGCGGCGCGGCAUGAGGCGAGGGGUCAUGCUGGUAGUCGUGGCGGUGCUGCGGAGGACCACCAGGCCCUCAAUCCAGCCACCCACAUGUCGCCCAAGGAGGAGAGCAAACACGUGAGUCAGAGAGAGGGAGAGAGAGACCACCUACAUACACACACAACAACCCAAUCCCGAGCACCCCGUGUGUGUGUAGAUCACCGAGUGUUUGAAGGAGUAUCUGCCCAAGAAGCCCAGCGGCAGGCCGGCACCCCUGGGCCUGCAGAUGGUGCACAACAAGGGCGUCCGCGCCCAGCUCAACCACCCAGGCGUCGGCAAGAUCCGGGGACCCACUCGCAACUUCGAGCAGUUCCAGUCAGUCCGAUCCGCCUUCAAGGCCGCCUGCGAAGACCGCGAACAGGUAAGCAUAAACAUACACACGCACACAUCCCCCCAUUUCCCACGCCAAUGUGAUUUUCUGGUGGCUGUGUGUGUGCAUCCAUCAGCUUGUGCGUGACAUCUGGGGUCCGAAGGGCAAGGCCCACCAGUUCCAGUUGCUGCCCGGCUGGGAGACUGUCGUCGAUGACUCACACCAACCCGCCACCAUCGAAAGCGACCGGGCCAAGCCGGUGCCUCAGCAUGGGCCACCGCAGAUCACGACAGGCGCCGCCGCCCCACAGACUCACCACCCAGACCCACCAGCACCGGGACCACCACACGGCAGCACACUGUCACGCGAGGGGACUCCGCCACCUGCCGGCAACAGGCAGCAGACGUCGAGCCGCCAACCGGAGCUUCUUCUGGGAGCGCUGCGCAAGAAGCGGAACAAGCACCAGCCCGAGUACGAGGGUUUUGAGUUCAGUGUGGCCGACGAGGGCGACGGAAAACGGUUUAUGGUGACGGCCUGGCGGGGGGAGGGGGGAGGGACCGACCGGCCGCCGGUGUGCGUGCGGGCUGACGUCACUCGUGACCACAUAGGGAGGGGGUGGGACAUGAGCAUGCUGAGCGACCUGCUGAUGGCCGUCCACAACGGCACGGCAGACAGUGACGAUCGCUUUGAGAGUGUGUCUGAUGUCAUCGAUGGCCUCGAGCGGACCGUCACACAGUGGAAACAACCUGCUGCAGGUAAGAGACUGGAGAGGGGAAACAAGGGAGGCUGGGGGACUUUGAUGCACAUCAUUGUGUGCGUGCUGCUGUCUUUUCGUAUGUGCAGGGUUGAUUGGCGUCCCUCCCCCUGUCAAUGAUUCACCGCCCGCCGGUGCCCCCGGUCCCUCGUCCAUGACCCUCGCUGCUCCUGCUGCUGGUGGCGGUGGGUCAGCCGACCCACCUCACGAUGAGCGACCCGACGACAAAGGUAGGUACCUGCAGGUGACAACCAUAUCAGCCGAAUCGUCGAUCGACACACAUUCAUUCAUCGUGUCCGCCCUGCGUUGCCUUCUCAGGUCUCAUAUCAGCCAGGAAGCCCGCCAACCAACGUGGUGGCCGCAGGCCCCGCUCCUCUGCGAGGGCGGGGGAGGAAGUGCAGCAGGGAGGCCACGGGCGUGACGAGUCCGUCGACCGCAGCCCGUCGCUGAGGCAUCGCCACACACACCCUCUCGGCAGCUGCGCCCCAGCCCACGAGGAAGCACCGAUGCCCGACGCCAGCGAGGGCAGCUACCAGUCAGACGUCCGUGGCGUCUUCUGGGCGAAAAAGGACAAAGCGUGGAGGGCGACUUGGUGCGAGAGGGGGGACGCCAAGAACAAGCAUUUCUACGUCAAGGAGCACGGCUUCGACAAAGCAAAGGUACUAAAGACAAGAAGCACGGCGACAAAGCUAAGGGGCAAGAGACAAGAAAGAGCACAGCCCGCACACGUGAUGGUGAUGCUCCUGGCUUCCUUCAGGCUUUGGCCGAGCAGCAUCGUCGUGAGAUGGAGCGCAGCGGCCGGGCAGCAGUCAAACAGACAUGCAAGCAUCAGAGCGGCGUGCGGGGCGUCAACUUCGACGAGAGAAACAAGCGCUGGGUGGCCAUUUGGCAGGUGGGGGGCAGGAGGAAGAGCAAGUGCUUCCCCGUCAAGCAGCUUGGCUACGAGGAGGCCAAACACGCCGCCAUCAACUACCUCCGGGCCAUCUUGGAGAGGCAGUCCAACACGCCCGAGCGAGCGGCGGUGCUGGAUGGCGACCCGGCUGACGCGAGAAGUGCCGACGAUGGCGACGAUUCUCUGCCCGUCAAACAGCGACGGGCGCCUCAGCUGCGUCAGGGUGGUCUGAGGGGCGCUGCUCCUGUGGAUCCCAUUGCUCGCCCUGACACCAAGCGCCAGGACCGAAGAGACGGCCGACCCAACCGCAAGCCCUCGCCUGACAUCGAGAGCCACGGUGGGCUGCGGGAGGGCCCCCCUGGUCAUCUGCAGGAACAUCGCACGGCCACUCAUGUGACGCCACUCCAGCGGCAGCGGCAUCAUAAGUCAAAAGCCGACACCCCGGGAGAUGAGAGCCUUUCCCGCAGUCCCCCCAAUGAUGAUGGUGCGAUUCACUCGCCGUGCCGCCACGGGCCCCCCAGCUGCGGGCCAGGUGUGGGUGUGAUGGAGGGCGGCGACCUGGCCGCUGCCCUCGUCGAGGUCCUCAGCAGCGACGGGUAGGGAAAGACAAGGGAAGACAAGAAAGGGCCAGAUUUGUCACGUGUGUGCAUGUGUGUGUGGGAUGGUUUCUUUCGCGCAGGUCAUGCGAGCUGUGUUGGCAGGACGGCAGCUUCCGUGUCCGUCUGCCGUCCUCCGAGGGGGAAGAUGGCGAGGACCGCAUUCUCGAUGUCCCGGUGGUCGACCUCAGCUCCCGUUCGGCCGUCAUCGCUGCUUUUCGCCGCGCUGUCGAGGAGCUCAACCGUCUGAGCACUGUCAGUACGGGAGAGGCCGCUGCACCCCUGGACAUCAGCUGGCUCGAUGACAUCAGCCCCCACGGCCCCAUUCGUCCUCGGACGCGCCACCGCAGCAGCAGAGCCAGGCCCAAGCCCAUGCCGCCCCCGUCUCUAUCUGAGUGCCCCAGUGGCCAUCCACUCGACAACAAUGACCUCAUGCCGCCCCACAUUCAGCCUCGCCGCUGCCACAGAGGCAGGUCGUCAUCUCGUGUCAGUGAGAGGCUGAGAACGGACUCGUCCAGCUCCGAGAACGAGCUGCUCAUCAACCGGCCAGCAGCCAAGCGCCAUCGUGAGGACUCGGGCGGCGAGAGGGAGCGCUGUGUGUCGGCGAAGCUGAGUGAGGCGGGCGGCAAUUCUCUGGCGGCCAGCCUGGUGGAGCAGGCAAAGCCUCAGCUGGCGGACCUAAACCGAGACGAUGCCGACGGGCAGCAAUGGAAUGCAUCGAGACCAGAGGGGUCGAUUCGUGAUCAGUCAUCCGACCACAGCCCCCCUCGAAAGCACCGCCGCGCUCUCGCCAGCAGAAGCCCAUCCACUAUCGGAGCGGCGGAACACCGGAGCGGCGUCAAGAGCGUCAGAUACGACAAGAGAUACAACUCAUGGGUGGCCCGCUGGAAGGAGGGGGGCAGGAGGAAGAGCAAGUCCUUCUCCGUCAAGUAG